AUGUCUGGAUCGUCUGAGGCGUCGAAUGAGCAACCCGAUAGCGUUGCGAUAUUGGAACUGAUAGGAUUUCUGGCUCCAAACACUCGUCUCGACGUGCGACGUACGGCUCUUCAGUAUGUUGUUUCUCUCAGUGGAGCCUUGGACGGCUCUGCUUCUCGACUUUUCAUGAGCAAUGACUGUGCCAUGGGAGCGGCUGUAUGCAAGCUUUGUGAGAGCACAGAAUCGGACAGAUCCCAAACAUUGUCUGCCCUCACCAACUUCUCAUCUGGUUCACCGGAAGUAGCGAACUUCAUUCUGACACGCUCAAGAUGCACUCAGCUGGCUUUCGAUGCCUGUCGCUCCCACACCAUGUUCGCCAACUUCGCUGCUCGUCUUCUGGCGAAUCUGUCGAGGCACUUUCCAGAUCGAGUGAAUGAACUUCUUGAGCAACACGAUCCCAAAGCGCUUGAUAUUAUUGUGGAUCUUUUUUCGACAUCUUCUGAAGAUACGACGUCAUCGCUAGUGGGCUACACGCUUGUGAAUAUGUCAACAUUGUCGGCAGUCAGACAUCGUUUGGUCGCCAGCAGCUUACUAAAUAAGAUCUGCCCCCUAACACUGGUGGAAGAGAAGAAGGAGAUGGCUGCGGAUGUUCUGCGUAAUCUAGCAUUCGAAGACGCCCUUCAUCCGGUUCUUCUCAACGAGUCCGAUGACUACUUGGUUGCUCUGGUAGCUCCCCUGGCUGACUGCUCUGAUGAUUUGGGCGACGAAGAGAUUGAAAAGUUGCCUCUAAGACUCCAGUACUAUGAAGGAACUCGUGAGCCGUCGAUUUCAACGCGACAAAAACUGAUUGAAGCCCUCUACCAGUUGUGCUCCACGCGACAUUCUCGUGAAUAUCUUCGCAAGAAAGGAGUUUAUGCCAUACUUCGAGAACUUGAUCGAGCAACCGAAGACGUAAAUGAGAAACCACAGCAAACAGGCUGGAUUGGUGGCGUGAAGUUACUGGCGGCGCAACAGGACCACACUCUCCACGCUCUGAUCGGAAUAUUAAUUCGUCUUGAAGAUGAAAUGGCCGUGCAUCCUGACAUCGAAAGCCUACGAUCACUUGAAUAG